AUGACAACACUUCACUAUUUUGACUUUUAUGGGCGCGCUGAAGUAAUAAGGUUUGCUUUGCAUGCAUUUAAUGAACCUUUUAUAGAUCACUGUAUUACACCUGAAGAGUUUUUAAAAACCAAAAGAAAAAACGAGUUUGGUCUGCUUCCUUGUCUUGAAAUCGACGGAAUGGUCUUAGUCCAAUCGAAAUCUAUCCUUCGCUACCUUUGUCAAAAACAUAAUGCUUACCCUCUAGAAAUGUAUCGAAUUUACCAAACAGAAUCAAUUAUCGACGCCUUUGGAGAUAUCAAAGACGCAAUUGCUAAAGAAAGAAUGGGAAAAAAUGAAGAAGAAUCAUUGAGGUGGAUUAAUGAAAAUAUGCCAAGAUGGUUUGGAAUUUUAGAGAAAAGGCUAGUUGAAAAUGAUAACGGGGGAAGCUUUUAUGUAGGAGAUACCCCUACGAUGUCUGAUUUUGUUUCAGCUAAUUUCAUAUAGUUUUUGCAGAAGUAAUGGAAUUUUUGGAAACUUUGGGGAAAAAAUAUAAUUUACUAUAACAGGAGAUAUAUGACUUUUUUAUGAGGCCUGGGAAAGAGGACCAAAGGAGUCUGUUGGAAACUCAUGGGCAGCUACUGAAAGCUCACACAGAAAGAUUAAUUGAUUUUUAUCCUUCAUUGAAAGCUUAUCUUGCAUCACGGCAACAAAAGGAAUUUUAA